AUGUUAAAACCGGAAGAAACCAAUUCUGGCAGCGAGUUCACUGUUGAAUUACCCGACAAAAAAGAAGAUAUUGAGGACAAGGAUGAAAUACCUGAACUAACGCCACCCAAAGAAACUGAAGAGAAAUUUAUUUCAUUUGCCGUUGAAGAUAAACCGGAGAAAGUGGAUGUUACACAAAUUGAAUACAAACCAGCUAAGAAUAUUAAAGAGAAAAUAAAGCUAGUCAAGACAAGUCCUAAAAAGGAAACUGUUGAUUUAGAAUCGGACGAUGAAGAAGAAACAAUGGUGGCCGUAGAAGCCAGAAACCAUGCAAGAAGUUUGAAAAUUUUACAAGACAGAAAUGAUAUUUCCUCCAGUGUCUCUGUUAACAGCGUUGGCAAAAAAUCGGGUAAACCUUCCACGUCUAAUUCUUUGAUGAUUAUCUUCAAUGGUAUGUACUUCCGUGGUUCUUGGAAGCAACCGUUCGAGGUCGUCGAACCUGGUGUAUUCUACAAGUCUAACACAGACAAGAAACAAGUGCCAAUGAUGAAGACGACGGGCACUUUCAAGACCACUCCUCUUCCAGAUUUAGACAGUGAAGCUAUUUUAUUACCGUAUGAUGGGGAUCGGUACGCACUGCUGGUAGUGGUGCCUCGUUCACGCGAUGGCCUUACUCGCCUUACCGCCGACCUACCCUCAGUUCCUAUCUCCGAGAUCCAAGAGACUCUUCAAGAUGAAGAGCUGCAAGUUUCACUGCCCUCGUUCUACGUGGAGACAACAACCAAGCCGGUCGCAGCUUUAGCUAAGUUCGGUGUGAGCAACAUUUUCACCCGUGAUGCGGAGCUAUCCGGGGUGUCUGAAGACGAGGGUCUGUUCGUUCAGGAGCUGGUGCAGCACGUCGCCGUCCGGGUUGACAACGCUGAUUCAACAGCUAACGAACUUUCCGUCGCUAAUCCUGGAGUGGAAGCACUUAAGAACAUUCCUCUGUACGAGGAGAGAUCCCCACGCCGCUUUUGCGUCGAGCAUCCCUUCAUCUUCUACAUCAUCGACCGCUUGGACAACCUAGUGGUAGUUGCUGGCAAGGUCACCGACCCGCUACAGCCCUCACCGUUUGAAAUU